AUGGAUGCAAGACUCGGCAAGUUCAACUUCAAGAAAAAGAAUGCCAAAGUGGUUUUCGCCACCGGCUACAUCGGCAUCAACAUCUCAGCUUCCAUAGUCUCCUAUAUUCUGAUCGUCGCUGUGGUCACACUUAUCUUGCUGCCCUUCUGUUUCUCGCUCACCUGGAACGUGAUCUGGAGGAACGUGCCCAUGAUUAUUACAACUUUCGUCAUUCCGAAGAUCAUAUCGUUUGUGAGCAUGAAGCUCUUCAAGAAAUGCUUGUUCGGGCCAACUUUCAUCAAGACGCGCGCAGGAGUAUCAAUCUACCACUUUUACAUGACCUUCUUGUCCUUGCCGGGAGGUGUAGUGAAUGCCAUCAUGCGCUUUGUCUACGGUCUGCUUGCUGUUCUUGUGAUGCUUCCGAUAACCUACGGGGCGAACACUCCGGAUUUCGUGAAUAACUGGAUGCUCCUUGACACGUCCUACCGCACCUAUUGUGGCUACGUGAUGUUGGUUGCCUGCCACAACAACCCAAUCAUGAUCACUGCGGCCAACCGCAUGCUGGCCCUGAAAGAUGCACGGGAGAAGCACACACAGGCUGGGAAGCACUGGACAUCAACACGCAGCAUGCUGCUGCUGAUUCUUUUACGCUUCCCGGCGCUGCGCAAGUUCAGAAAGCAUGUGCUGGAGCAGGAGAAGAAGGUUCGAGAACUUCUGAAAUCGAAAGGACAGAAGCCGCUGGAGAACGUCGCAGUCGAGGGUGAAAAGGGUGACGAAGAUGAUGAAGACUCAGACAAAGAGGAAGCGGGCGCUAAAGAGCCUGCGGUUAAGGUGAAGGGGGCCACUCGAGAACCUUGGGUCGUUCGGUCCUUGGAGCCGGCGACGGGCCUGUGCUACGCUGUGCCAUGCUGCCACGCUGUGUUUGUGCUCACCACCUUGUAA